AUGUGCACUCUUCACGACAAUAUCCAGGCUUGGGUUCUGGAUCUACCCAGAGAUCACGAAAUAAUCUCCGACGAGUCUCCGACAACUACAGCCCGCAAGCGAAAGCGACGCAACAGUUAUGCCCUCACCCCUCUGGGCUCCGACGACGAACAAGUGCAUGCAACGAUCAUGACCGACCGAAGCGGAGGAGGGCCUCUCACGCCGCAAAAGCGCCAGCGUCUCAUACCCGCUGGUAGUUACCAAUUCAAUCCCGACGACAACACCGAAACCCUUCGUGCCGUGCGACCAGGCGAUUCGGUCUCGUGCGAUGGUAGCAGUGUGUCUCUAAGCGCGGGCAGCGGUGCAUGCUCCAUGGCCUCAUCAUCGCGGCCUAGCCGCUUCAAGUCGCCGACGAAAUAA